AUGAGUAGUCGACGAGCUCUCAGAAAGCGAUCUGUUGCCCUCGCAGCACUUGCGCUGGUCCUCACUCAGCAACACGCUCUCGCCCAUGCCACGUCCUCGAAUGGAGCAUCAACAAGCGCCACUUUCAAAUCUGCUACCUCAUCAUCAUCAUCCUUCGCCAGUCGUUUCUCGUCUGCUAUCCUGCGCGGAGCUGGUCGAUGGAUGGAGAUCAUGUUCCCAUCCGAUCCCAGCUACCUGCCCAGCUUCGUCCAUGGUUCCUUCGAGUCGACUUUCCACCUGCCCACCGACGACGAGAAUGCAACGCCUGGCGGCGGUCUCUUUGGUGAUGGAGAUACCACAUUCGCUUGGGGCGGCAGCACCCUCGAGGUUGUGGUGAGUGCUAGAUUGUGCUGCUUUGCGUCCUUGAUCGCAACUCGCCACUGACUUGGCUCCGCUUCGCGUGUCCUCUCGACUAUCACCUUGCUCAGAAAACGCAAGCUCGCUACGUGACACGCCCUGCAGCUUUUGGUCCUCACAUCACUGCAGACGAAGGGCAGCGUGGCUCGCUGCUGCCCAUCUCGGACUUUUAUAUAAAGCCCGCAGCGCAGGCUGCCAAGGAGCCGUGGAACGCCGACGUCGCAUGCCCUUACCGAGGGGGGCCGGGCUGGAAGGAAGGCGAGGAUGGAACUGAUCUUGGUCGUCUGAGCGACUCUGACGACUCUGAUCUAGCUGUGCAAGGAGUUGCAGUCAUAAACGCUUCUCCUGCCACCUCUGUCCGGCCUCCUUCCGACUGGGUUGCGCUCGUGGAGCGUGGAGGCGGCUGUUCCUUUGCCGCCAAAGUCCGCGUCAGUCAAGCACUAGGAGCCAAAGCGGUGGUUGUCGGUGACGCUCCUUCAGCCUCUUGGAGACCUUCACCCGGCGGAUCCGAUGCCGACGAUCCAGGCUUGGCAGGUAGACUGCUAACGAUGUUUGCGCCCGGCGACACUUCCGACAUUCGCAUUCCGAGCACUUUCAUCACUCGGCCGACCUACGUCGACUUGCGAAGACUGGUAGAAGAGCUGGCGCGCGAGCAGCACAAGAAACGCGAAUGGUGCCUGAAGCAUGCCGAUCAGUGCCACGCUCCAGAGGGAGACAAAGGACCAAGGAGCAAAGGGCUAGAUAUCAUCCUGGGUCGAGACGACAUCAUGUGGGAAUGGCCGCUCAUUGAUCUAGCAUUGAUGUUGCUGCUCUUGCCAUCCUUCAUGACGAUUCUCACCGUCAUUGUGCACCGCAUUCGGCUUGCACGACAGAGGAAGAAAGACAGAGCUCCCGAGGUUGUGGUGCUCUCCUUGCCUUGCCUCAUCUGGCGUGCCAACGGUCAGCCGUGGGAGAAGGUGGAGGAGAACGAUUCGGAUUUGCCUAUCGCAAAUGCGGCGCCCGGCCAGGCCUCUGCUUCGGCGUCCUCUUCUGCUGCCGCUGCGCCUUCCCUUGUCUCUCCGCCGACUUCUGCUCGUCAGACCGACGAAGAAGCUGGCCCUAGCGAUCCUGCGCGGACGACUGUCGUGACCCCAUUGGCAGAGAGAGCGCAGGCCUCUGCAAGUGCAGCAGCAUCGGCUCCGAACCCAUCCCAUGCUCACUUACCUCCCGGGCGGUCAUAUUACAGGUGAGUCCUACUUCUCGACACCGUUUUUCACCACGCUCACGUCUUAGCCUUCGCCGUCUCAAUAGCUGCGACGAAUGCGCCAUCUGUCUUGACAAUUUUGUCGAUGGAGAUCAAGUCAGAGUGUUGCCCUGCGGACACAUCUUUCAUCGGAGCGAGAUCGACGAUUGGCUCGUGCGCAUACGCAAGGUCUGUCCGAUAUGCAAGCGGGACGUUACGGUGCCGGUACCUCCUGCUCCACCCGCGGGCUCUGUCGUUGCUUCUCCCUCCAUCGAUCCGACACAAGGCACAGCGCAAGAGACUCCUGCACUGGCCACUCAGCCAUUUAUCGACGCGAGCUCUGCGCCUGAACAGCGACCGUCUAGCGCAACUCCAGGGGCUCUGUCGGUCCCUACGGAGAGCACGCCGCUCUUGGGCAGCUCUGCUCAGCCAGAGGCCAGAUCGUAA